CGUAUUGUUGUCACAUGUGGCAGAAGCCUCGCUCGCAGUCAUGCCCAAAAACCCAAAGAAUUUCAACGUCGACAACAUGCGCGUCGUCAAGAUCAUGAGCGGCAGCCUUUUGGGCAGCAAAGUCGUUCAAGGGAUGGUAUUUGGUCGCGAACAGGACGGUAUCAUCAAAAAAGUUUCAGGCGUGAAAGUGGCCGUCUUCACGUGCACUCUCGACAUCGCCCAAACCGAAACAAAAGGCACCGCCCUCCUCAAAAACGCAGACGGAAUGCUCAAUUUCAUGUGCAGCGAGGAACAACCACUCGAAAGGAUCCUUAAAGAAAUCGCUGAUUCAGGCAUCAGAGUUAUCAUCGCAGGCUCAUCCGUCGGCGAUCUCGCCUUACACUACCUCAAUCGCUUCAACAUCGUCCUCUCCAAAUCCGACCUCCGCCGUGUAGCUCGCGUCGUCAACGCCACACCUCUUACCCGCGUCGGCACACCCACCCCGGAGGAAGCCAGCUACGUCGACAUCUUCGAGAUGACGGAGAUCGGUGGAGACCGCGUCACCGUCCUCCGUCAGCUCGCUCCCGGCGAGGACGGGCAUCAGAGCCGCGCUGAGAAGACGCGUACAGCGGCGAUCAUGCUUAGAGGGGCGAUGGCCAACCAUUUCGACUACCUCGAGCGCGCUAUCGAGGCUGCUACUAGGAUGAUACAAACUGCGAAUUAAAGUGAUUUGGGGAUAAUGCAAGGAACCUGAACUACGCCGUCAACGGAAAUCAAUCAUGCUUCUGUUUGCACGUCGGAAAUCAAUUGAUCCCUAAGGACGCCGUUGAUACCCAGCUUGUCGAGCACUUCCUGCAAGCAUGCCAUACUAAUGUCGGGGUGCGCGACAUGACCUUGAUCUCCCUUGACCUCCCUUUUCAACACUAUGGCAGC